GGGUUCGUGUCGACAGCGGGCGGAGAGAGCCGUCGUUCACCAGAGCCGGCGCUUUAGUUUUGGGGUUUUUGUCCCGUGUUUGGCACUUGUCAAAGUGCGGCGCCCGAUCGGCGGACGCCCGGCUCUCCGCGGGAUGGCGUGCCCCGGUCGUGCCGCCCUUCGGCGGUAGCGGGGGAAGCGAUGCUGCCCGCGCCCCGCGCGCCAAGAACGGCCGGCGCCGCCUGAGGGGCCGCGACCCGAGGCUGCCUCCCGCCAUGCGUGCUGCUAGCGGCCGGGCUGGGCAGCUCCUCGCUCCCGGGGUCGGGUAAUCGCGGCGGAGGCGCCCGAACGGCGGGACCAUGGUGAAGGAGGAGUGCAAGGCGCUGCUGGACGCGCUCAGCAGGGUGACCGCCUGCUACCGGCACAUGGUGCUGACCAUCGGCGGCACCUCGGACUCGCAGAACCUGCGCGAGGAGCUGAAGAAGACCCGGCAGAAAGCCCAGGAGCUGGCGGUGGCCAACAGGAACAAACUGACCACGGUGCUCAGGGACAAAACCGUGAGCAAGGAGGACAAAGCCGAGUUCGAGAGACUAUGGGUGAUUUUCUCCACGUGCCUAGAGAUCCUGGAGAUCGACAUGAGGAGAGCCCUGGAGCUGGGGCACGAGUUCCCGCUGAACGUCCCCAAAAAGCACCUGAUCCAGACAGGCAUGAGCGGGGGCACCUCUGGCGUGGCCGCCCGGGCCAUGAGCGUCCAGAACAUGAAGUACGAGGCUGAGCACAACAUAGACGUGGUGGAUCUGAAGGACCUAGAGAACGAAAUCAACCAGGUAGGAGAAAUGAUGUACGAGAUGGAAAUGAAGGUCAAUGUCCCCCAGUGGACAGUAGAGGCUAAGCAAGACCCUGGGGCUGAACUCAAAUCCACCAUCAGCGUGGGCGCUUCUUCCAUUGGCAUGAUCUCUGUGGAGGAAAAUAAAUCCUUCUGCGAUAUCAGCAAAGUUCUGGCUGGGAUUAUUUUCUCCGCUGUUCUCAUUAUUGCUAUUGUGCUGGCAGUGUGUGUGGUAAAACUCUCGUAGGCUGUGCUGGCGCUGGAGAGCUCGCACAGGGCUGCCCGAAAGUGCUUCGUGCCACGCAUCUCAUCACUUGGGUGCGCUGAGAAUCUAAACCUAGCACUUGGAAAUGUAACGCAAAACUUUUGCCUCUCAAAAUCCUGAAAUGCACAGUUCCUUUCAUGCUUUUUGAAGAAAAAAAAAAAAAAGCCUGCAAACUAGGAUGUGUUCGUUAGCUGGACUUGUAAGGGUUAACUGUGAAGUAUGAGGGUAUUAUCACUACUGGCUAUAACAGCGAUUUGUCUGCUAUUAAUAGAUCAUCACUCUCAGAAGCCUGUAUUUUUUGUUCUUGAAUAGGCUCUGCAGUUUGCUGCUGCUCACUGUUUACAGUAUUUCUGACUGACAUGAAUUUGGAGGCCAACACAGGUGCUUUGUGUGACAGUGAAUAGAAUGGAUUGAGAUUAUUUCAGCAAUACACAAGAUAUUAUUUCAGUGGAGGAAAAAGGAAAAAAUGAAAACACCAAUAAGAGAAUGUAAAUGUCUAUUUUAAUAAAAGUUAACUAUCAGGGAAAGAGGAGGUGUGGAGGAGGGCAGAGAAAAUUAGUAAUAUUCAGCAAAUACAGUUUGUAGCUUUAGACUGGGUUGCACAGAACCCAGCUACUGGGGUUGGCACAGCACAUAGUAAUGGCUAAUGGCUUUCCACAUCCUGAGAGAGAAAAGGGAGAGCUGCAUAGGCAGAAAAACACUAGCAAACCCUGUGGUUUUCUUCCGCAUUUACCAUGAUUUUAUCCCCCCCUGCAGAAAGGCUGAUUCUUGCCACUGGUUCAGAUUCUUUCCAUAGAUGCAGUCUGUCUGAACUUAACAGUUAACUAUGAGACGAGGAGCAGUGAAUCCACCCACAACAGAUGCAAUAAUUUUUGAAAAUAGUUUGGCAAACAGCAGUGAUGUAGAGCGAAAGCAGACAUUUCUAGUCAUCCCGAAAGAGAUCCUCUCACGCUGACAGGCAGAGAUUUUGGCCUCGUGACAUACAGUCAGUCACAUAUCUGCAAACUCCCGAGGUCUUUGCAGAAAUCCAGAUAAAGCUUAAAAAAAAAAUCUGUUUAAUCUCUCAUUUAUAUCUGAGAAAUCAUUUGGGAAAGAGGAAGUCUGUAGGACUGGACACAUAACUGGUCCAGUUGGAUACCCUGCAGUUUGGGAGGAUAAAAGCAAGAGCAGCAGAAAACUCUCCCAGUGCUUACCUAAAAAUCGCCUGUUUAAAUGUAGAACUGAGGGGACACUAACUUUGCAGAGAAGCUCUGUUAUGUCUUGUAAAAGGACUCGUGUUAAUGUUCUUUAUUAUGUAACUUACGGAGAUUUGUUCUGUUCAUGUAAAUACAUGCCAUUCAUUCAAGAAUGCUUAGUACAUACAUUAUAGUGCAUACGAGACACUCCACAGGGAAAUACAGAGACCCGAUCACAUGGGGGUUUUAGCACAUAAUUAGUCUGGCACACUGAUUAUUAUGGACACGUUAUCAAAAGGUAAUUAUCAGAUGUGUCUGGUGAAGUUACUAGAAAAUAAUCUUUGUUAACAAAAGUAUGUUACCAACAUAUGUGAACAGGUGAUCUUUCUGAGUUGAGGACAAAACUUUUAAGAACUAUCAGUGACUUUUUAACAUGUAAUAAAACCGGAUUUGGGUAGAAAAAACGUGUAACAAAUUUGAAUCUAGUGAGGAAAAAGAAUGCCAAGUGGAGGCUUGAACUGUGAGUUGUGCACAUUGAUGCAGUCUAGACACGAUUCUCGUAGGAGUUCACGUAUAAGACUCCACAUUCCUUUCUACUGUGUUUCACUCAUUCCAUAGGAUGUGUUUUGUACAUAGCUAACUUAGGUUUGUAUAGAUCCCCAGCAGCACUCUUAAACAGUCUAGCCUGUUUUUAUUGGUGCUACUGCUUCAGUAUGUGUAGCCACAUAUGAGGUGUAAUUGCUGUCUUUUGAUUUAAAUGCAAAGAACUCCUUCACAAUAACACUGAGGAAACACACGUAUGGAAAAUACAGCAUAAGCUGCAGGAGAAUGUACAGUUAUGGAUGGCCACCACUAGUCACUAUGGAUUUGUGAGUGUUUUCACUCAUUGCAGCCCCCUGUUACUUAGUUCCCAUGAAGGUGCAUCAGGAGCUGGACUUUUUUUCUUUGCUUCUUGAAAAUGUCAAAUUCCUUUUUAAAUCAGAUCGUUUAAACUCACAUUCUGAAAACCCCAGUAACCAAGUCAGGUUUCUGGUGGAUAAAAAACAUGGUAACAUAACAUCAACUGCUUUCAUUAUUUUGUACUUUGUUAUCCUAAGUGGAUAUACUGUUUAGCAACAGUUAUUUGUAUAGAGGGAUUUUUAAGACUCAUCUUCAAAAGCAAGCCACAGUGAGUUCAUGAGCUGAACAUUUUCAUCCCAUUUUUUUUUUUAUCCCAUUUUUUUUCAUCCCACUUUUUUUCUUCGAUUUUCAAUAACACAGGACCUGAAAACUUGGUAAUUAUGUAAGUCUUACUUCAUUUGAGUAUGCACACAAUUAGUACUUAAAGGAUUGAACCUUGAAAAAAUAAUGCAUUUUCAAAUCUUAAGAUAAAGGUGGCUGCAGAUUUAUCCACUGUUAAUUUGUUCAUUAAAGUCUGUAUUUUCUUACGUAUGAAAUCAAAAGAAGAAGUAGAAUUCCAAGAGGAUUGUUACAGUCUCUUCUAAAUGCAUAGUGUUCCUGUUAUUAAUCUCCUGUUAAAAAAAGCACACUUGAUACAAGUGUACGCACAAUGUGACAGAGUUCAGGAGCAUGAGUACACAAAUCAAAACCGUAUGAAACCACCACUGUCCAAAAGUAUUCAUGUUUCUUUUAAAUUAAGAAAUAAAUAAAUGUGCUAGAUUCACAGCCUCAGAUUUUUUCCCACUGGAAUGCAAGUGGAAGGGGAAUGGAAAUGCUAUUUUUGUAAGAAAAAAAGUCAAAUUUCAAAUACUCUGAAGUUAGAUAGCAUGAUGAGAACACAAAUACUCUGCUGCUGAUCAGUGAAUGUCACUGUUUUCACUACAAGAUGCUCGUCGCUUAAUUUGAAUCUUGUUCUACUUCAGUUUUUUUGUCCUUAUUCAUAGGACACAUACACUAAAUUUACUGUAUGCUGAUAUCUUAUUGCUGACUUGAAUUACACUGUUUUUGCCUGUGCAUGAGUGGUAUUUUCUACACUUUGAAUGAAACUUGUUAUUGUCACUAUUUAUUUAACUUAAAAUAAAGUAUGUUCUUAUAACUUA